ACAACUGUGCGUACUGCAGGAGGAGAAGUGCGCAGCCCCCGACUCCAAUGAUGGCGGACCUACCGGCGAGUCGGUUUGACAUGUCUCGACCGUUUGCAUGUGUUGGCCUUGACUACUGUGGCCCACUCCCCGUUCGGAAGUUCCGCAAGACCGAAAAGCGCUAUGUGCUGCUCAUCACCUGCCUGGCGACGCGUGCAUUGCGCUUGGAGCUUGUGAGCUCGAUGGAUACAGAUGGGUUCCUCAUGGCCCUCCGGCGCUUCUUUGCCCGCCGGGGGCGUCCGCGUGUCAUUUGGUCAGAUAAUGGCACGAAUCUGGUCGCAGGUGAAAAGGAGCUUAGGAGUUGUCUGGAUGCGUGGAAUCAGGCGCAGAUCACCGACGAACUUAGUCAGCGACACAUCGAGUGGCGUUUUAACCCUCCCACCGCCAGCCACAUGGGCGGUGUUUGGGAGAGGUUGGUGGCGAUGGUUAAGCGCGCUUUGCGAGUGGUGUUGGGCAACCAGUGUGUCAGUGAGGACGUACUGCACACCGCGCUGGUGGAAGUAGAAUUCACCAUCAACAGUCGCCCACUCACUUACGUGAGUUCGGACAUCAAUGACCCUGAGCCUCUCACGCCCAACCAUUUCGUUCUGGGUAGCCCUCAGGCUGCCUUUCCUCCAGGGAUGUUCACUGAUGGUGAUGCGUUGGGUCGAGGGAAAUGGCGGCAAUCCCAGGUUCUGGCCAACCAGCUCUGGCGCCGCUGGCAGCGUGAAUACCUGCCCAUGCUCAUCCAGAGGAAGAAAUGGGUUCAUGAAGAUCGCGAUCUGCAAGUUGGAGAUAUCGUGCUCAUGGUCGAGCAGGGGUCACCACGAGGAUACUGGCCGCUGGCCAAGGUCACGGAAGUUUCUCCGGGAGAUGAUGGUCGUGUCCGGACUGUGACAGUGCAGACCUCCAGCGGAUCUACCUAUCGACGACCAGCGAACAAGAUAUGCUUUUUAGAAAGCUGCGUUCAGAGAAGAAACUGAGCAAACGGCCGUGAAAGUCAAGAAGAGUGAAAGUUCUGUUGCUAGGCGCUGUUUAUCCUACCCCUAUUCAAGUACCGUCCUGGCCCCCUGUCUUACCUGUUAAACAGUACCUCAUCCAUUGGCACUGACACGAUGCGCCCAGCGUACUGCUCGAUGCUCGACCUGGAGAAGCCUCGGGCUGCUGACGUACUGCAUGGCCGCGUCCUGGAGCUGAGGGGUGGCGGCGUGCUGCGCUGGACCUGUGAUCGGCUGUGUGCUCGGGACUGGUUCCGAGACCUGGCCCGCCACCGACGGGGUCUCCCGAGCUCUGGCCGCUGAGCGGAGGAUGCGAGGCUGGGGAGAGGCGACGUCUGCCUGGCGCGGACGACUGCGUGAGCUGCUCGGGCGAACGCUGAGUGGAGAGGUGUAGCGGAUGAUGGACUCUAUAGUUUGCGCACGGUUUCGGCGUUACGGUUCGCCGGCGCGGUGCGUCUGUACGAUAUCUGAGUGACUGGCCGGAGAACGGGCAGGUGACAGUGCAUGGAGGCUGAGUGCUGGAUGCUGAAGCUGCUGUGCGAUAUCUGCUUUUCUCUGAAAUGUGCAGUGCUUGACGCGUGCGUUCGUGCGUAUUUUGAGUUAAUGUGUCUAGCGUAAGUUUUCGGCGGUCAUUGAGCUGAACGCUGAAUAAUCAACGAUGGUCGCUCCAGUUAGUGUUCUCCUCAGGCCUAGGAUAAGCACUGGGGGGAGUGUUGCGACCACCGAGUCUUACUGAGGUUUCUCUUUUCUCAGGUCUUGCACUGACAGACAUGUAUAAAUAUUAACUGUGUGUGCCUGAACUGACAAGCUGGCAUGAUGAGAUGGCAUGCUGAGACUGCUAUGCUGAGACUGGCAUGAACUGGGAGCGGAAACUUCGAAACCCCACUUUGCUGCAUGCG